AGCUCUUCUUCUGCUGCUGGAUGACUGAUCCUGCCCAACUAUGGCUUUAAUAGUUCACCUGAAGACCGUGACGGACCUGCGGGGAAAGGGCGAUCGCAUUGCCAAAGUGGCAUUCCGAGGGCUCUCCUUUUACACCCGCGUUCUGGAGAACUGUGAAGAUGAGGCCCGGUUCGAUGAGACUUUCCGAUGGCCGAUCGCCAGUGACGUAGACGGGAACGAGAUGCUGGAGAUUCAAGUGUUCAACUACAGCAAAGUCUUCACUAACAGACUCAUUGGGACUUUUCGGAUGGUUCUCCAAAAAGUGGUUGAAGAGGCGCAGCUGGAAGUGACAGACACACUGAUCGAUGACAACAACUCUGCCAUCCGCACCAGCGUUAGUAUCGAGAUCAGGUACCAGACCAUGGACGGGUCGGUGGGGGCUUGGAACGACGGAGAAUUUUUAGACAAUUCCAACAUAAGAAGUGAAGUGGAUAGAAGCUUCCAUCUGGAGACGGACAGCUUGCUUUCUGGACUGAGUCAUAACUCAGCCGUGUCCCCGGGGAGAUCCCACCAGAGCCUGCACUCAGGAGAGAGGGCUUUCAGAAGAGUCGGUAAAGGUGUUUUUUCUGCCAUGAAGCUCGGGAAGACUCGACCACCGAAGGAUGACGGCAGGAAGCAAGAUGAACCAGCCAUCCUUGAGACUGAAGAUCUGGACCGGAAAGCAAUACGGCUGGGGGGAGGACUGGACCCCGACACCAUAUCUCUGGCCUCUGUCACAGCAGUCACAACCAAUGUCUCCAACAAAAGGUCCAAGCCUGAUAUUAAAAUGGAGCCCAGCGCCGGGAGACCAAUGGAUUACCAAGUCAGCAUCACGGUGAUCGAGGCGCGACAGCUGGUCGGUCUGAACAUGGACCCCGUUGUGUGCGUGGAAGUCGGAGAAGAGAAAAAAUACACGUCCAUGAAAGAGUCAACCAACUGCCCGUACUAUAAUGAGUACUUUGUAUUUGAUUUCCAUGUGCCUCCAGACGUGAUGUUCGACAAAAUAAUCAAACUAUCGGUCAUCCAUUCUAAGAACCUGCUGCGCAGCGGGACCUUGGUCGGCUCCUUUAAGUUGGAUGUGGGGACGUGCUAUACCCAGCCUGAGCACCAGUUCUACCACAAAUGGGCCAUCCUCUCCGACCCCGAUGACAUCACUGCCGGGGUGAAAGGUUACCUGAAGUGUGACAUCGCCGUGGUGGGUAAAGGCGACAACAUAAAGACGCCUCAUAAAUCCAACGAGACGGAUGAGGACGACAUUGAGGGGAAUCUGCUCCUUCCAGAUGGAGUUCCUCCAGAACGUCAGUGGGCUCGUUUCUACGUGAAAAUCUACCGCGCCGAGGGCCUGCCAAGAAUGAACACCAGCAUCAUGGCCAACGUGAAGAAGGCUCUUAUUGGAGAGAACAAAGACUUAGUCGAUCCUUAUGUUCAAGUCACCUUCGCUGGGCAAAAGGGUAAGACGUCCGUCCAGAAAAGCAGCUAUGAGCCCAUGUGGAACGAGCAGAUAAUAUUCACAGAGAUGUUUCCUCCUCUGUGCAAAAGAAUGAAGAUACAGAUCAGGGACUCUGACAAGGUGAACGAUGUGGCCAUCGGGACCCACUUCAUAGACCUGCGAAAAAUCUCUAACGAGGGCGACAAAGGUUUUCUCCCAACCCUGGGCCCGGCCUGGGUGAACAUGUACGGCUCUACGCGGAAUUACACGCUGAUGGAUGAACACCAGGAUCUGAACGAGGGGCUCGGAGAAGGGGUCUCCUUCCGUGCCCGAUUACUGCUAAGUCUUGCAGUGGAGAUUUUAGACACAACUUCUCCGGAGCUAACCAGUUCAACAGAGGUGCAAGUAGAAGGAGCGCCCCCAGUGCCUGAUAACUGCACAGGAAAGAUGGAGGAGUUCUUUCUUUUCGGAGCUUUUUUGGAAGCCACCAUGGUCGAUCGCAAAAGCGGGGACAAGCCGAUCAACUUUGAAGUUACAAUAGGUAAUUAUGGUAACCAAGUUGACGGGACCACGAGGCCAAGUAUUAGGAAGAAGAAGGAAGGAGGUGACGGCAUGGAGGAGGAGACAGAACUAUUACAGAACUCCAGUGAGGAUGAAGCGGAUGAUGAUGGGGAGAUGCAGUCCGUCUCCAGCUCCCCCGCAAUGAAGCCAUUUAUAACAGACAGAAAUUACUUCCACUUGCCCUACUUUGACAAGAAGCCUUGUAUCUACAUUAAAAGCUGGUGGCAGGACCAGAGGAGAAGACUGUACAAUGCCAAUAUCAUGGACAAGAUUGCAGACAAGCUGGAGGAAGGUUUGAAUGACGUCCAUGAGAUGAUAAAGACAGAGAAGCCAUAUCCGGAACGGAGGCUGCGGGGGGUUCUGGAGGAACUCAGUAGUAGCUGCUUCCGCUUUGUCACCCUGGCCAACAAGGACCAGAAUCAGAACUGUCGGACCAGACUUGAUCGGGAGAGACUGAAAUCUUGCAUGCGAGAACUGGAAAACAUGGGGACACAGGCCAAGACCUUGAGGUCCCAGGUGAAGAAAAACACAGUGAAAGAUAAGCUGAAAUUGGUACAGAACUUCCUACACAAGCUGCGAUUCCUGGCAGAUGAGCCUCAGCACAGUAUCCCUGACAUCUUCAUAUGGAUGCUAAGCAAUAAUAAACGCAUUGCCUAUGCCCGCAUUUCCUCCAAAGACAUCCUGUACUCCAUUGUGGAUGAGGAGACUGGAAAGGAUUGUGGGAAAGUGAAGUGUGUCUUCCUCAAGUUGCCCGGUAAACGAGGCUUCGGCCCCGCUGGUUGGACGGUACAGGCCAAAAUGGAGGUCUACAUGUGGCUAGGACUCAACAAACAGAGGAAGGACUUUCUGUGUGGUCUUCCAUGUGGAUUUGAAGAGAUUAAAGCUGUGAAGGGGCCAGGAUUACAAAGCUUCCCUCCAAUCAGUCUUAGCUACACAAAGAAGCAGGUCUUCCAGUUGCGGGCACACAUGUACCAGGCUCGCAGUUUGUUCGCCGCCGAUAGCAGCGGCCUCUCUGACCCUUUUGCCCGAGUCUUCUUCAACACUCAGAGCCAGUGCACAGAGGUGCUCAAUGAGACGCUCUGCCCGACAUGGGACCAGCUGCUGGUGUUUGAUAAUGUGGAACUCUAUGGAGAAGCAAAUGAGAUGCGAGACGAUCCCCCCAUUAUAGUCAUUGAGAUCUACGAUCAAGACACAGUGGGCAAGGCUGACUUCAUGGGCAGGACGUUUGCUAAACCAGUUGUAAAAAUGGCCGAUGAAAGGUAUUGUCCUCCCCGAUUCCCAUCACAGUUGGAAUACUACCAGAUAUACCGUGGAAACUCAACUGCUGGAGACCUAUUGGCGGCCUUUGAGCUACUCCAGAUUGGCCCUGCUGGUAAAUCUGACCUCCCAGCUAUUGAUGGACCCACAGACAUGGAGAGAGGACCUAUUCUUCCGGUCCCACUGGGCAUUCGACCUGUUCUGAGUAAAUACAGAGUUGAGAUCCUCUUCUGGGGGCUCAGAGACCUCAAGAGAGUCAACCUUGCCCAAGUUGACAGACCAAGGGUGGAUAUUGAAUGUGCUGGAAAAGGUGUGCAGUCCGCCCUCAUCCAGAACUACAAAAAGAACCCCAACUUUAGCACUUUAGUGAAAUGGUUCGAGGUGGACCUCCCAGAGAAUGAGCUGCUUCACCCACCGCUGAACAUCCGGGUGGUGGACUGCAGGGCGUUUGGAAGAUAUACCCUUGUUGGGUCUCACGCUGUCAGCUCAUUGCGCAAGUUCAUCUAUAGACCCCCAGAUAAGAAGUCUCAGCACUGGAAUACAACAGGUGAAAUAGUUGUCAACAUGGAACCAGAAGUGCCUAUCAAGAAAAUGGAGACUAUGGUGAAACUAGAGGCGAAUUCUGACGCAGUGGUUAAGAUUGAUGUGAAUGAGGAAGAGAAGGAAAAGAAGAAGAAAAAGAAGAAAGGAGAGGAGAUUGAAGAGGAGGAGCCUGAUGAGAGCAUGCUGGACUGGUGGUCGAAGUACUUCGCCUCCAUCGAGACCCUGAAAGAGCAACUCCGCCAGCAGGAGGCGGCCGCAGCAGAAGCCGAAGAAAAGGAGGAGAUGGAGAUUGCAGAGGAGAUCAAAAUUGAUGAAUCUCCCAUGAAAGGCUCAAAGGGGCAGGUGAAGAACAAAGAAAAAGUGAAAGUGUCCAAAGAAGACAAGAAGAAGAAGCAGCAAGCCGAGCAAGCGGAGAAGAAGAACAAGCAGAAAAUUGAUGAGUUAAAGGUGUUCAACAAGGAGUUGGAAACUGAGUUUGAUAACUUUGAAGACUGGCUGCACACAUUUAACUUAUUACGAGGGAAGAUCGGGGAUGAUGAUGACACCGUGAGCGAGGAGGAGAGAAUAGUCGGAAGGUUCAAGGGCUCCAUGUGUGUGUACAAGGUACCGCUGCCCGACGACAUCACAAAGGAAGCCGGAUAUGACCCUAAUUUUGGCAUGUUCCAAGGCAUACCCAGCAAUGACCCAAUAAAUGUACUGGUGCGGGUGUAUGUAGUCAGGGCCACAGAUCUACAUCCCGCUGAUAUCAAUGGGAAGGCUGAUCCCUAUGUCGUCAUUAAACUGGGAAAAACCGAAAUCAAGGACAAAGAGAAUUAUAUUUCCAAGCAGCUGAACCCCGUCUUUGGAAAGUCAUUUGAUAUUGAAGCCACUUUCCCUAUGGAGUCCAUGCUCACUGUCGCUGUAUAUGACUGGGACUUGGUCGGAACUGACGAUUUAAUUGGAGAAACCAAGAUUGAUUUGGAAAAUCGUUAUUACAGCAAGCACCGAGCUACAUGCGGGAUAUCACAGACGUAUGCUAUUCAUGGCUAUAAUAUGUGGAGAGAUCCCAUGAAGCCGACACAAAUCCUGUCUAAACUCUGCAAAGAAGGGAAGAUUGAUGGUCCACAUUUUGGUCCAGGGGGACGAGUCAAAGUCACGAAUCGUGUCUUCACCGGCCCAACAGAGAUCGAAGAUGAAAAUGGUCAAAAGAAACAGACAGAUGAACAUCUUGCCCUCUCAGUUCUCCACCACUGGGAGGAGAUCCCCCGAGUUGGGUGCCGGUUGAUUCCAGAACACGUGGAGACUAGGCCAUUACUAAAUCCAGACAAACCAGGAAUUGAGCAGGGUCGUUUAGAAAUGUGGGUGGACAUGUUCCCAAUGGACAUGCCUGCGCCUGGUCCUGCCAUCGAUAUUUCUCCAAGGAAGCCGAAAAGAUACGAGCUUAGAGUGAUAAUAUGGAAUACUGAUGAGGUAAUACUGGAAGAUGAUGAUUACUUCACAGGAGAAAAGUCUAGUGACAUUUUUGUAAGGGGGUGGCUGAAAGGUCAGCAGGAAGAUAAACAAGACACCGAUGUCCAUUACCAUUCCCUUACUGGUGAGGGAAAUUUCAACUGGAGGUUUCUCUUCCCAUUUGACUAUUUGAUGGCCGAAGAGAAGAUUGUCAUCUCCAAGAAAGAAUCCAUGUUCUCUUGGGAUGAGACUGAGUACAAGAUCCCAGCACGUCUUACUCUUCAGGUCUGGGACGCCGACCACUUCUCUGCUGAUGAUUUCCUCGGUGCAAUUGAGCUCGACUUGAACCGUUUUCCUCGUGGAGCAAAGACAGCGAAGCAGUGCUCCAUAGACAUGGCGGCCCCAGAAGUUGAUUUGCCAAUGGUCUCAAUCUUUAAACAGAAGAGGGUGAAAGGAUGGUGGCCAUUCGUUGCCCGGAAUGAAAAUGAUGAGAUGGAGCUCACUGGUAAAGUAGAAGCAGAACUUCACCUCAUGACGGCAGAAGAAGCGGAGAAAUCUCCAGCUGGACUGGGUCGUAAUGAACCAGAUCCACUUGAAAAACCAAAUCGGCCCGACACUUCUUUCAUCUGGUUCCUCAACCCACUAAAAUCCAUAAAGUACCUCAUCUGUAACCGAUACAAGUGGCUCAUCAUUAAGAUCGUCCUGGCGUUGCUACUUUUGGCCAUGGUGGCGCUCUUCCUGUAUAGCAUGCCAGGAUACAUGGUCAAGAAACUGCUGGGAGCAUGAAGAGAUGCCUGGGAGAAUAGACUCAGCAGUGCCUAUGCUUUCUCAAGAAGAUGUUUGUUCUUUCCACCAUAGACUGUAUAGUAUUGUCAGGGGGUUUCAACACAAAAAUGUAUUCUGUGUGAAUUACUUUAGCAUUUCUUCUGAGAAGCCCAGAAGGGAAAAGUCCAACUGAGGGUCAAGAACCAACCUUGGAGUUGUAUUUUCCCGUAGACAUAGAACCCUUCGAGCUGAUGACAUGGAUGCUCUAUUCUUAGGAGGUUUUCCUAGGAGAAUGUUUGAAAUAGAUCUAUCCGUGCAACUAUGUUCUUCGUGUGAGUUUACAAGUUUUGCCCCGUGCAAACCUUCUGCAUGGCCUACAUGCUGUUCAAUUGUGGCAUUAAAGGGAAUUGGUCACUGAGACAGGCCCAUUCACAUUACCUACAUUUUAGAAGACCCCAAAGAUAAUGAGCUAAGAAAAGCAAUAUAAGACUCUUCCCACACCAUAUCAUAGGUGGCCUUCUCCUCUGUGAGCUCACCCAUCAGAAAGAGGGGGCAUAUGGGACAAUGCUUGAAAUUCCUUGACACCUAGGACACAGGAAGGUCCAAAAUCAGAGGUGGUGGCACUAACAUUUCUGUCCAGUAGGCAGAUGAUUUUGGGCCAUCAAAUUGAGUGGAGUACAGAUGCUCUAAUCUACUAAUUACAUCCAACUUUGACUUCCAGUGUUGCAUCCAAUGUAUGCAAAUGCCGAUUCGGUCUUGAUUUGCAAAAAAUUGCAAUUGGAAAUGAUGAAAUCGAUCCUUUCAAU